AACAUCUGCACUAGCUGUUUUUACUCUAUGGAGCGAUGCCUUGCCAAAGAGUUGUCCGGUUAGUCCGGAAUUAAUGUGCGACUCGAGCGUUUCUGUCGCUUGGAAUGGGGACGUUCAGUAAUCGCGCAGCGUCGAGAUCAGCUGCUCGCCCCGAGCCCAGUUUAGGAGUCCUCCGCCUAGUCCAUUAGCCGGAGCAGCCGCUGCUUGCUUCCGCUUUGGCUGGAUGCCGCAGCUGCCGUGCGGCGGCUUUCGGGCUGGGCUACGUCAUGAAACGACGGGGAGCGAUUGAGUAGGAGUUCCUCAUCAUCGGUAUCAAGGCGAGCGGCUGUGUGCGUCCCGGCGGCUCCCAGCCGUCGCAGGAAGGCCACAUCAUGGCAACUGUCGGCGUUCUGCCCACAUACUUCAAGUACAUCAGCGUGGCGCCCGGCGGAUCAGCUCGUAGGACUCUGCGGGUGCGGGAGAAAUACAUUGUCGUGUUGGUGCUGGCCACCUUCCUGAUGGUGUGCAUCGGGGCCGUGUUUUACUUGCCUGAACUCCGCGCGUCGAACGCCUAUCGCCACAUCAAGAACGCCGGCCCGGACCUAUUGCUACCCCCUCCGCAAGCGAUCGAGGACAACGUUCCCCGUCACAACGGCAUCGCCGCCGACGAAGAAGACCCGCACAGGGCCGAGGACCGAAACAAGCUCCAGGAGAAGAUCAUCCAGGACCUCGGACAGGGACUGCCGAUGCAGGUCGCCAGGCCCGAACCGGCGCGGCCUGUUUCGCCGUCUAAGCGAACCUCAACGGUAGUAGCUCGGCCCCUGGAGAGCCAAAGUGUACCCGCGGUCGACGUUAAAGCGGUCCCUGUUUCGCACGUUCCCGACCCGAAGAGGGAAGCAGAGAACCGCGAGAGAAGAGAAAAAGUUAGAGAGAUGAUGAAGCACGCUUGGGACAACUACGAGCGCUAUGCAUGGGGCGAGAACGAGCUUCGGCCAGUGUCCAAGAAGGGUCACUCAGCAGGCAUCUUCGGCAAGACCGCCAUGGGCGCCACCAUUGUGGACGGUAUGGACACCCUCUAUCUCAUGGGCAUGGCCGAAGAAUUCCAGCGUGCUCGAAAUUGGGUCGCCGAGAACCUCAGUCUCAAUGAUGUGAGUUCGGACAUCUCUGUCUUUGAGACCAACAUUCGCUUUAUCGGUGGUCUGCUCUCGUGCUAUGCCUUGACUGGGGACGACAUGUUCAAGAACAAGGCAGAGGAAAUUGCCCGCCUGUUGCUUCCAGCCUUCAACACACCAAAAGGCAUACCUCACGCCCUCAUUAACAUCAAGACGGGUGUAAGCAAGAACUACGCUUGGGCCUCGAGUGGCGGCUCGAUCUUAGCCGAGCUGGGCACCAUGCAUCUGGAGUUCUCCUACCUCAGCGACAUCACAGGCAACCCGGUCUUCCGCGAGAAAGUGGACAAGGUGAGGCAGGUGUUGGCCGAUCUUGACAAGCCCAAAGGCCUUUACCCGAACUACAUCAACCCCAAGACAGGACGCUGGGGACAGCACCACAUGUCUAUGGGAGCUCUGGGCGACAGCUUUUAUGAGUACCUCCUCAAGGCGUGGAUCCAGUCUGAUGGCGAAGAUGUGCAGGCCAAGCGACUGCUGUUGGAUGCUGUCAAGGCUAUCGAGGCAAAGAUGCUGCUGCAGUCUAGAAGUGGGUUCCUCUACCUGGCCGAGAUCAAGUAUGACCGAGUGGAGCCAAAGAUGGAUCAUUUGGCCUGCUUUGCAGGUGGCUUCUAUGGCCUUAUGUCCCGGACACUUGGAGAGGACCCUUCAGUCGCCAAGGGCCACUUCAUGGAUGUGGCAAAGAACAUCACUAACACAUGUCAUGAAUCUUAUGACAGGACACCGACCAAGCUGGGUCCAGAGUCGUUCCGUUUCACAGAACAGCUGGAGGCCAAGGCCACUAAGCAGAACGAGAAGUAUUACAUUCUGCGUCCUGAAGUGAUUGAGUCUUACUUCUACCUCUGGAGGCUCACAAAGGAUCAGAAGUAUCGUGAUUGGGGCUGGGAAGCUGUUCAGGCUUUGGAGAAGCACUGUCGUGUGGAUGGCGGCUACACCGGGCUGAAGAACGUCUACCAGAUAGAUGGCCCCAAGGACGACGUCCAGCAGAGUUUUUUCCUCGCAGAAACGCUCAAAUACCUCUACCUGCUUUUCUCCGACGACUCGGUGCUCCCGCUAGACCAGUGGGUUUUGAACACCGAGGCGCAUCCGCUGCCCAUCAAGAACCGGAACCCUUCUUACAGGCCGAGCAUCAGGUGAUUGGACGCAUCGACCGCUCGUCGCUUCACGGUCGUUCCUCUGCGCUCGGGCAUCCAGCCUCCAAUUGAAGCGCGUGCGUCCACCACCAUCCGGGCCAUGCCGGCAACCAGGCGAGCAUCUAGUGAUCGAACCAUAGACGAGGACGACGGGAACGAAAGUGGAGUUGACACGACUUCCCCUCUGCGCAAUAUUGAAGGACUAAUUGCAGAUGGGUGAUUGAUAGGAAACAGGCUGGGCAGGAGAAGCAGUUACGGCUGGACAGUUUUUUAGUGGGGUGCAUACAGUUGACACCGAGGUGAAUACGGUGUUCCCACUUGUGCACCCGGCUGUGAAGUGGUUGGAACGUUGUCUUCUACUUGGGAGAGGUGCAAUGAACACUGUUUGUUGCUUCGGGGGACCUUGUUUGUGUAUACAUUUUUUUUUUUUUCCUUUAGCCUUUGUUUGGCAGCGAUGUGUCUGACACAUGAACUCGUGUGCUCUCUUCAGCAUGUCGCUGACUCACUGCCGUGGUGCUGCGACAUUCCCAGUGAUAUCCCUAGAGGUUCCCCCCUGUUUCCUUCCACAUUUUCUUUUUCCAGUUUACACUGACUUGCAGAGCUGUUUAGUUAAUAUAAUGCGAGACCAUGAAUUUUGUGCACAGGGUGAAAAAGGUGUGUUGUUUUAUCUAUUUUUUGUUCUUUUAUAGAAAACAACUAUGAUGAGUCUGAUUUCCUUUUGUUAAAUAGUAUGCGCUUCUUUGCAAUUCCAAGCUCGGCAAUAAGAAAGUAUGUAUUUUAAAGAUUUCAGAGACAGCUACUUCUGCCGUCUCACAGCUUUAGAUGUCAGAUGUCGUUAUUGUGGCUUUCUUUUUAUGUGCAAAAUAGCACAGCUGAGUGCUGUGCAUAUACUUACAACCUGCUGGCCCAGGCUAUUGCUGCAAUGACUCACAGCAAAUGAAAAUAAACAUCAUUCGCACUCAGGAAUGCAGUGUUUUGCCAGUAAUCUCACAAGCUCGGCCCAUAUUUUUACUUCUUUUUUGUCUCUUACGUUUGUAUUCGUUACAUUACCCGAUGCCAUUUUCAUGCUGCAGCUCACCAUAGAAAGCAAAUCAAACAUUCACUUUUUUUUUUGUGCCCACCGAUUGCAGUAUUUUUUUCUCGCUCACCCAUUUGUUGCUCCAGCAUCGCAAACCACGAUACGUAGUUCACAAAGUUUGUGUAGGCACAGGUUCAUUUUCUCACACAGCAACUUGAACCUGGGCAGCACUUGCGGACGAGAUCUAUGCACAUUAGGUUUUUUUUUUAUUUUAGCUGUGUGUCCAGAGUUGUCAGUGGGAUAGAGGGUGAUGUUAUUGAUCUUAGAUAUUACAUAGGUUUUCUACACAUAAUCAACGAAGCAUGUGCACCACCUAGGGUUGGGCCGCAGUGAAGUGCAAUUCCCAAGACCUAGGGCAAUAGGAACAUUCAAGCCUUGUGAAGUGGCUCGGCCACUUUAAUAGUGGAACCACUCGAGCACUUUGAGAACGUUUUCUAGAAAGUAUUAGUUGUUCCUUAUUUUUUCACACCACUACCGCAUAUUGCGAAACACUUGUCUACUACGUCUAUUCAGAGUCGCGUGUGGUGACGAUUUGUUGAUGUUGUUGUACUCUGGCGAAAACAAACGUGAUGAACUUAGGGGCACUUCUCUUUUUUACUCAAAGCGCUUUGUUAUCUAGAAUUACUCAUCUCAGACCGACUGAGCUGCAGAUUUGUUUGUUAUGGAGCUGAACUGUGUUCACGCAUUUUUCUAUAUAACUUUCUUAUCUGCGCUGUCUUUUGAGUGUGCACUAUCGGCUUCAGCACUGAAUUCAUGAUGUUGCAGCGAUCUGUUGUGUACUCGCCAAAUGUGCAGUUCAUUCUGCUGAGAGGGCUUUGCAUGAAGCAGCACUGUACUAGCUCUUGUUUACAAAACCAAGUGGCUUCGUGCUACUGAUAUCACGUUCAGAUGCUCACGAUACGUCUUUGUAAGUGCAAACUUCAAUACUUUUUCGAGUGUUUUAUGAGGCACCACAAUUUCUACAUAGAUCAUGUGAAAAGACCCUGGCGAUUUGCUCACUUAGUGCAUUCAUGAUGCAUCACUGGUAGACAAAUAAUGCUCUACUAGAUAGUUUGUUAAGAAUGGCAAUAGCUCACUGUUGUCGCAGAAAAGCACUGUAAAGACUCUCAAUUGUUCCUUUAGGCAUAAGUGGCUAGAAUGUAACUUGUAACCAGGCUCUAGUGUAUAAAGGUUUAUUCAUAAUUCAUUAAAAAAAAAAGGAAGGAAGUUUGUUCAAUAUGUCACACCACAUUAAAUAAAGAAAAAGAGAGGCAUCUAGUAGUAUAGUGUAGCUAAGAGAGUGAUUAUAAUCAUAUGUAGAUAGAUCUGAAAGGCAUAGCACAUUUUAUUGCUAUUGUGAUGUAACAAAUGUUUUUCAACAUGCUGGACUUUGUUUGAGGAGCUUGGUUAUCAUUUUAUUAAAGUUUUCUUGCUUGAA